GUGGUGGGGGAGUCACGCGCCUUCCAGGAAGCUACAAAACAAAACAAAACAAAAGAGCGAGAAGCAAACUCGGUGAGAAUACGAAAGAAACAAGCCAGUGAACUGAACCGCACCCCCGACCAAACAAGCCUGCGAGAGGGACGCCAGUGCGGCCCAACCGGAAGUGAGUCAGCAACUCGAUCGUCUUAAAUUAGAUCGUCUGGAGUCACGACACCCACUCGAGUGCCGUGCGCCGCCACCUUUCGCUCCCCCACGCUCUUCUCCCAAGCGACCUCACACCCCUGGGACUGGACGCCGGGCCCAGAGGUUCCCCACCGCUGAAGCGCUAAGCUGCAUCUUGCGAUGCCUCUGCCCAGCGUGAGUGGGAUGGAGCCUCCCUUUGCGGACGACUUUCAGCACUUCUCCUUCGCCGACCAGGCACUGACCAGCACCGAGCUGCUCGCCAACACCUCCGACCCUGACUUUAUGUAUGAGCUGGACAGAGACAUGAGUCACCGACAGAGUCCGUAUGGAGACGGCAUGGUGGGCGCGGCCGAUGGUGCCAAGGAUUCUGACGCUGGAACGGAGCAGCAGCUGAUGAUGACUCUUGGAGAAUGCGACGCGCCGCACGGCGGCUCAGCGUUUGAGCAGUGGGACUCGUACUGGGAGGACCUCACCAGAUACACGCGUCUAGCCAGCUGCGACAUCUGGGGCACCAAGGAGGUGGACUUCCUGGGCCUGGAUGACUUCUCCAGCCCGUACCAGGAUGAGGAAGUGAUUGGCCAAACGCCCACCUUGGCUCAGCUCAACAGCGAGGACUCGCAGCCCGUGUGCGAGGCCUUGUACCCGCCCACCGAGCCUAGUCCGCCCGGGCCCCAGCCGCCACCCCCCGUCAAGCGAGCGCCACUCCCCGCAUCAAGCGCCGGCCUCACCCGUCCCUCGGCCAGCUGCGCCUCCUCAUCCCGCCCCUCCAGGAGCCUCCUGCCGGACUUCCCCGAAGGCUUCCAGAAGGCCACCCGGCCAGUCCCGUCCAGCACAGAGACCAUGUCCAAGACGGAGGCCAACCUGCGUGGUUCUCCUGGCAAAGGCCCUGUGCGGGCGACCCCGUCGACCAACUUUGACUUUGUGCGGAAGCCCAAAGUACGCCUGAGCGCUCACAAAGCGCAAGCUGAUGCUCGUUCGCAGACCUGCUUGGAGAGGGCGGAGGCCCCCCAGCCCCUGCAGCGCCACAGCGUGGCGUCCACGUCGAUCGACGCCGCUUCACUGGCUUCUCCCGCCAGCCUUGGGUUCGGCGCAGGCCCGCCGCCAGAGGACGCCGGCCCCGCUCCCCUGGAGGGCAGCGCCCCGGGAGGGGUGCCCCGAGGGCCUGAGAGCGGCGGGCAAGGGGAGGAGGACAAGAGCAAAGAGGAAGAACACAACUACUCGUUGUUCCUCACCCGGAGCCGCCUCGCCGGCAGGAGCAUCUCACGGCUAGACGAGGAUGAUGAAGAGGAGGAGGAGGAGGAGGAGGAAGAAGAGGACGACGAAGAGGACGAGGAGGAAGGCGACGAGGGCGACGGGCCGGAGCUGGAGGAGGAAGACCGUGAGGAAGACCUUGAGGAAGACCGCGACGAAGACCAUGACGAAGGCUUUGGCAGCGAGCACGAGUUGUCUGACAACGAGGAGGAGGAGGAGGAGGAUGAAGAUGACGACUACGAGGCCGAUAAAGACGACGACAUGAGCGACGCCUUCUCAGAGCCUGGCUGCGACCUGUCCCUCCCGGAGGACGCCAAGGGCCUGACGCCAGGUGUGUCGAGCCGCAAACGAGGCAAGCGCCGCUACUUCUGGGAGUACAGCGAGCAGCUGACGCCGUCCAAGCAGGAGCGCAUGCUGAAACCUUGCGAGUGGGACCGCCACACCCUGCCCAGCAACCUGUACCAGAAGAAUGGACCUCUGCACGGAAAGCACAUGCUGAAGAGGUCUCGGCGCACCGACGUUGAGGACUUGACCCCCAACCCCAGGAAGCUCCUGCAGAUCGGCACAGAGCUGCGCAAACUCAACAAGGUUAUUGGAGACCUGACGCCCGUUAGCGACCUGCCGCUCACUGCCAGGCCGUGGUCACGCAAGGAGAAGAACAAGCUGGCCUCCAGGGCCUGCCGUCUGAAGAAGAAGGCGCAGUAUGAAGCCAACAAGGUGAAGCUGUGGGGGCUCAGCACCGAGUACGAUCGCCUGCUGUUUGUCAUCAACGCCAUCAAGGAGGAGAUCGUGAGCCGCGCCGAGGACUCGUCCCCUGGCACCAGCAGCAUGAGCGACACGCUGGACAGAAUCAUCCAGGACAAGAUCGUGUCGCCGCCUGUCGCGGGACAGACUUCGGACUUCGUCAACAAGAUCUUGGAGAACACGGGAUGCGGCGACCCCACCGGCGGGCUGGUGGGCCUGCGGGUGCCCACCUCCAAAAUGUAGAGCAGCACUCUGGAGGCGCGGCAUCAGUGUUCCCGCCUCGCUGUCCCCCUAUAACCACGCCCCCUUUGCAUGCCCCUCCCACCUGGCCUCAAUGCACACGUGUAGUCGCACGACCCCGGCUUUCCGCCCCACCCCAUCUUCCCCCACCCCCACCUUCCAGGCCAGCUGUGCCGUGACAGCGUGGAAUCCCGUCGCCACGGCGAACAGAAAGGCCUCGAUAUUGCCGAGCGGAACGGGAUGUAGUAUGGUGCUAGUUCUACACGGGCGGGGCGAAUCGGGCUGCAAGGAGGAAGAUGAAGAUGGCUCCGCCCCCCCUCUUGUACAGUAGACGUGAGUGAGUUCAUGCUAGUGUUCCGAAUGAUCCAAUUCUAUUCAUUGUGCCUUGUGUGUGUGCGCGUGUGUGACGGCGGAAGAAAUAUUUGUGUGUGCGCGUGGAAAGAGAAGUUGUGAUGUGUUCAAAGAUCUUGUGAAUGUGGGUAAAUAUGAGCGCUCUGCUUGCUCGAUGCCACAGAGUCACUGUAUGCGUGUGUGUGCGUGUGUGUCUGGGGAGGGGGCUCUGCAAUAGACAGUUGCUGGGUGGUACUCUCCGGGUGGGCGAGGCUGAGAGCUAUUUUUGCGUUACAAAGGAAUAUUUGCACACUCGUAAUCUAUUUUCAUUGAUUGUUUUGUACCAAAGACAUGCAACAAAAUGGCCACCCAGCCAGGCAACGUAAGGUUUUGCACAGCUUACAUGACGCCGUAUUGAAUGUAGAAGUUGGGGGGCGGGGGGGGUAUAUUGGGGAAGGGGUGGGGUGGGAGGGUCUGAGGUACCCCAAUGGAACUGUGAAGCUCGUUGGGUCCACAAAUGAAACAUUUCUUUUUCGGUCCACGCGACAAGCUAAAUGUGCUAAGUGCGCUAACUAGAUAAGCUACCUGUUUGUUUGUUUUUGUUUUUUUUUGGGGGGGGGUGGGGUUGUUGUAAACACAAGAACCAAAAUGUUCCUUAUCUGCUCCCCUGCCCUGCGCACUGUGCCGUCUUUGGCCGCAUCAGUUGCUGCGGCUGUCGCUCUUCAAGCGAGCGUGAGCGUGGUGCCUUCGGACGUGCGCGUGCAGCAAAAUGAAGGCUUGCCGCUCGGCCGCACGGCCGAAUGGGCUUCGUCCUUGUUUCUUCGAACGCUUGGAAAAACUUCACAAGGCACUUGCGACAUGGCGAGCAAAAUUUAAAUCUCAAUUUCAAAAUGUACAAUUAUCGUCUUGUACUAUUCUGCCUUUUAUUCAAAACGAAAAGACUAUCGUGCAGGGACCUCCGAUUUCUGUAAUCAUGUCAAAAUCAGAAGUUUCGGGUUUGCAUGCCGGCACUUUUUUCCCCAAGUCCCUGUGAUGUCCGUCGCCCACGUUUCCGUUGCGUUGACAAGCGGACGAAAUCAAAGUUGCGCUUCUAUUUUUGUACCUUUGCUGCGUGCUGGCCGGCCAGCAUUGAAGGCUUGAAAGGUGCGCCAACGGAAAACGCAAACUUACAUUCCCAGCAAUUGUAACACAACAAGUUGACGUUCCCGCUUCCAGAAUGUUCCUUUCUUUGUUUUCCGCACAGUGAGAGUGACUCGCAGCUUGCGCUGCAAAACUAUAGAAGUCGUCGUCGUGGAUCUGUCAAAAUCUUUUCUAUUUGUACCGGUGCGGUUGCGUCGAAAGAAGGGAGAACUUGGUGCUCUUUGGGAACGACGAUCCAAGAAUCUUAUUUGACUGGCUUUCCUCUCCUCUCCCGUCCAGUUCCAUUUCUGUAAAUAGUUACAAAGUUAAGUGUGCUUGAUAUCUACACUAUAGAAGAGUCACUAUAUCAAGAAAUAUAUAUAUAUAAUAUACAUGUCAAGAAUCCUAUAUAUAUGUUUAACGCAAUUGCACUUUGUCCAAAAAAAGAAAAAAGAAAAGCAUUUCUCUUCCAUUUGCUGCUAAAAAAAAGAAAAAAGGCCUGGUGUGAAUGCUGCAAGUGUACUUGAGCGCCACGAGCUCGGCCGCUCUUGGUGGACCGGGCCGGCCUCCGAUAUUUGGGAGUCGGCUUAGGACCUGACUGGUUGCGGCCCACGGCUCACCCUUAUGAUGAUUGUGGCACAGUCUGUGACGGGACUCGGUGCGGUCUUUGACCUCGACCCUUUGCCGUCUCCGAUCUGGUCCGCCACAUUGUGAGCUGACUUUGUCCGCUAUAUGACUCAGGUCCGUGACCCGGCCCGGCCAGGUCUACAAGGCGGUUUAGGAGCGGGUUCGGAACCGUGCGUGGUUCCCAGGAAGCCCGUCGUCUGGUCCGGGUCUAAAUCCUGGCGCGCACGGUCAUCCCUUUGCCUUGAGAUGAGAUUUCCUAUGGAAAAGUGAUUGCGCUUUGACUUUUUUCAGGGUGAUAUCCAGCCUAGAGAGCUAUAUGCUAUAUUGUUAGCGUUUGUAAACUGAUUUCUACUUGUGACUUAACGAGGGGGCGGGGCUUAGAAGUUCUAUAUCACUGUACUGUAUAUGGCACGCCAACAACCAAGACGUCAAUCUGGACUUUAUGGCCUUCUCUUCAACUGCUUUUCACGCUCAACAACUAAUCAAUAAAUAACGCGGGCGCGUGCUCGCCCUGUACGGUCAAAGUCAACUCAAACCCGCUUGGCCCGAUUGGCUCAGAACCACCUCGACUGAAGUAGCAAACUUUGUCAGUUCCGUGGGGGGGUCAACCACCGGCUGAUUGACAGUGACUGGCUGUCGUGCGUGCAUGCGUGUGUGCGUGCGUGUGUUGGGAAAAGAUGGGAACUCUGUGGCAUUUUUUCCAGUUCAGGAAAAGAAAGGAGAGAGAAUUCCCGCCAGUAAAUGUCGUUCUCUUCAUUGGAGGUGUUAACGUGUGCUACUUUGUCAAAUAAUAAACGUGGAUGCUGAA